GCUUCCUUCCCUUACACCAAAACCCUACAACAUCCGCACCAUCCACAUCAUUCACCACCCCCCUCCCCGGAACAAGAUUCCUUGUCUUACUCGUGGUCUUGCCCACACCGAUUGAAAACCUAUCGCAUAUAUCAAUCCUCCUACCCCCUCCUCUCGUCCAACACUCGCCCAAUAUGACCUCUACUUCCGAAAACGUAAACCUUAACCCUACUCCUGCACAGGAAGAAUUUCAAGAUUUUCUAGAAAAGAACACUGAUCGCGGCUCACGAGUACACCCCGAAGAUCGCGAAGAAGCUCGGGGAGAGACCGAUAAUUCCGACGAGGACGAAGAAGAUCGCUACCGCAACGCACAGAUAGAAGCAGCUAUGCGCGUCCCUAAUUUAACAGGCGAAGUAAAGCUGCCACCGCCUAGCUUUGAUUCGGGCCGUAGCACUGGUGUGAAGGGCGUCAUUGCCGAUGCUCGUGCCUAUGAGCAGGCUCGUCAAAAUAAGUGGCGGAACAAGGUUCGCGCCGCUCGCCAAUCUGUAUUCGGAAAGGGCGAGACAGCUCGUUCUACUGGCUCGCAUAGCGGCGAAAGCGAAGAAGAUGAAGACGAGGACACCUUUCUCCAACAAUGGCGGGAGACGCGAAGACAGGAGCUCGAGAGAGAAGCUAAGAACGGUAUCCGUAACCGGAGAACAAGCCCGAGCCUGAGGAUGUUUGGACGCUUCGACAGUGUCGACGCAUUGGGAUAUCUAGAUGCCAUUGAGAAAGUGGGAAGAGAUACGAUUGUGGUAGUAUUCGUUUACGACCACGAGUGUCAAGUAUCAGGCCUUAUUGAGUCGGCACUGCGACCUCUGGUCACUUCUCAUCCCGAAAUACAUUUUGUCAAAGUCCACUACGAGGACAUCGAAUUCGACAAUGCCGCUGUCCCCACAAUCCUUGCCUACCGAAAUCAAGGAGACUUAUUUGCCAACCUAACGGGAAUCAUCGACAUGAUUCCUGACGACGAAGACUUCGAUAGUGACUCGUUAAAGAGGAUUUUCAAGAAGCACAGCAUUAUAUAAGACCGCUUCUCCGCUUCUCGGUCACUUUGCAAGAGCAAACGCUGGCGUUGCUAUUUCACUUAUAAGAGCGCAGUUUUUAGUCAGUCUUCGAUUUAUUCGAGUUAAUACCUGACACGUCAAGGCGCGUGAUGAGAUGAGCGUGCCCGCUCGUCGGGAUAUUCUAG